UGGAGCACUUUCGCCUCGACGUGCUCCUUAUGCACGGCGAGCCAUGGAGUCCGGCUCUUGAGCCGCUGUGGACGUGGUUCUUGCCGGCGCUUCUCUCUUUCACAUUGGUCGGUGGAUUGUUCAGUGGCGGAUGCGGCGGCGCGGAGGCACCAUGGGAUCUUCCGGAAGCCUGCGCCGCAGCCUGGGUGCUUAUAGCGUUCGGAGCGCUUCAAGUGCCGCUGUGGGCCGCCAGGGCUGCCGCAUCUGUCCGGCGAAGCGCGACAAGCCGGUGCCUGGUGCCGUCGUCCGUGAUGGAGCUGCACCAACUCUCAGCAUCGGACCCCGGACCUGUGGUCGCACAGCCACAUCCAUAGCAUGUGCCAUCUUUUCCUUAUGGCGCUGCACCGUUCAGUUUCUUUUAAUGUAGUAUAUAUAUAUAUUACUGUAGUCACCUAUUAAGGGACGUUUCAUAU